GUUCCGCGCGUUGACGUGUUUCCCUGUCGUUCUAACCGGCAGGGCUGAGUGAAGACAGCUGAAAAAAUGCCACCCCAGCCGAGCGGAAAAGCCAUCAAGAAGGCCGGCAAGGCCCAAAAAGCCGUCCGCACGUCCGACAAGAAGAAGAAAAAGCGCAGGAGGAAGGAAAGCUUCAGUAUUUACAUCUAUAAGGUCCUGAAGCAAGUGCAUCCGGACACCGGCGUCUCCAGCAAAGCCAUGUCCAUCAUGAACAGCUUUGUCAACGACAUCUUCGAGAGGAUCGCAGCCGAGGCGUCGCGCCUGGCGCACUACAACAAGCGUUCCACCAUCACCAGCCGGGAGGUCCAGACCGCUGUUCGUCUGCUGCUGCCAGGUGAACUUGCCAAGCACGCAGUCUCCGAGGGGACCAAGGCGGUCACGAAGUACACCUCUUCAAAGUGAUCUGCUGUGGAACUUUUUUUUUUUUUUUUCCUCUUCUCAUUGCUAGUUUUGCCCUGCGUCUGUCAUCAUGCACUGUCUUUUUAAAAUUCCAUUUGUCGUGCUCUGUCGGACGUGCUUGCCGCUUCCCCGGCAACAAUCUGUGUCCACUCCUGGGAGAACAUUCCGCUGUUUCAAGAACCAAAGGAUGAAGAAAAGAAAGUCAUUAGCUUUGUGACCUACCAUCGUCAUGUAUCUUGUAUGUGCUGUCUACACGUUCCCAGGUUUCAAAUAAAGUGAUUUGGUUCUUGCAA